AUGGAAGUCUUUUCUCCUACAGAGGAAGUCAGUGUCAAGCACCGGGGUAUCCUGGGUUUAGAGCUAGUUAUGGAAGAAGGGGAAAUGCACCUUCUGCGGUCCUGUGUGCGCCCCACCUUUGCUUUCCUGAUUUCACAAGAGCGCCCCCUUCUGGCUGGAUAUCGAGGCAGCCAAAACGGCAGAGCAUUUACUGCCUCCCGUGGGAAACUCGCCACCAGUGGGAAGCAGAAGCCACAGAAAAGUGCUGCAGCUUUACCAUCAGCCCUCAGUGGUAACCCUCUGGAUGAGCUACCUUCCUCCGGGACCUUGUUCCAAGAUCUCUUUGCAGGAAAACCCGAGGAAAGAUGCACGGAGCAGUGGUUUGGAAGGGCAGACGCGCUCUAUGCGUCAGAGCGCGGAAGGGGAGAAACAGACACUGCGACCCAGUGUGCUGAGCUCAGCCUGAAAGUAAGUUCAGAAAUAGCGGAUACACAGAGCGCGGUACCCCAGUCUCGGGAGGGCGUGACCAGGGAGGGCUUCCUGGAGAACGUGUUGGUUCCAUAUUCCUUCAGAAAAAAGUUGUCGCUCUCAAGAAAGAAAAUCUUCCGCUGCCUGGAGGUGAAAAUUCAGUCCCACCUCUUCUCACCGGGUGAGGAGCUGGUUGGCCGCCCAUUUGCAGUUCUUCACUCCUCCUGCUAUUUUGAAAGGUUCUGA